AUGUAUCUGUAUUCUGGUGGAAGACAGUCGAACGUUACAGCAUAUAUACGGAUUCUCAUAUCGGGAGUGAUGGCAAAUGUGUUCAUAGUUGCUAUCAAUCAGCUCACUGAUGUUGAUAUUGACAAGGCCAAUGGAAAACCUCUACCGAUUCCCGCUGGAAAAAUGAAGUUCAGCCAGGCCCGACUCGCUACGGGUCUCGCCCUUUGCUUUACCACCGCUGUGUCCUUCGCCCAGUCAACUACUUGGUUCGUCACCUUAUCGGCCAUGUGCGCUAUCGGCUACGCCUAUUCCGUCCCGCCACUGAGACUCAAGCGUCACGCAGUUCCGGCGGCUCUUUGCAUAGUGGGAGCCCGAGCAGUCCUCGGGAUAAUAGGGGGAACGCAUGCCUAUUGCGAAGCGUUCGAUGUGACUUUGGACCCGACUACCAACAGACAGAUGUUCACUUUCUGUGGUAUUCUCAUUGUAUUCUGUACGACUGUUGCAAUAAUGAAGGACAUACCCGACAUAAAAGGCGACAUCACAGACAAUGUCAACUCCUUCGCCGUACAGUGGGGGGCCUAUCGUAUGUCACGUUUCUGUCUGUGGAUAUUAACUGCUUCUUACAUGGCUGUGAUCGGUCUCUUGGCGGACGAUAGCUCGACAGGCCUACUGCAUGCUAUCGCCUGUGUGUACAUGUGGGGGCAUUGGCAUUUGAACAUAGCGCCGGGUGACAACAGUGACGCAGCGUUGGAGUUAGUGAAGGACAACUACUUCAACACGUUAUGGCCGUUAUUUUACUUUGAAUUCAUAGCGUGA